AUGGAUAUUUUCCAGUCCAUCUGUGAUGACUCUCCAAUAUGGGACACAGAGAGACUGACAAACAAUAGCUGGCCGGAGUUCACACAGUGCUUUCAGUGGACGGUCUUAUCAUGGUUACCAGAUUUUUGGCUGUGGAUAUGCCUGCCAACCUACGUUUGGUACGUUCGUAAGCGCUCUUCGUUGGCUGUUUACAGACUAUCUGGCAGCAAACUCAACAUCACAAAAAUUUUUUUAUGUCUCCUGCAAGCUGUGCUGACAUUGCUUCAGCUGUUCAGUGCUGUACAACAGGAUGACAACAUCAUAGCACCUGCAAAAGCUUUCUACUUGUCAUGCUCCAUUAGUGCUGUCACUUAUAUUGUAGCUGCCUUUUUGACCAGAAAUGCAAGGAAAGCUGGUAUAGCAUCUCCAUGUAUUCUGUUCAUGUUUUGGCUGCUGAAUUUGAUAUGCCACAUUCCCCCUUUGUAUAGUUAUGUUUUAUCAGGGGCAUAUAAAGAAGAACAGUUUCAGUUUGACAUUCAGUGUGCAUCAUUUGUGUUCAUUGUCAUUCAGUUCUUCUUACAUUUUAUUGCGGAAAAGGUUAACCUUGGAUAUGAGAACACAAGUAGGAAACCAAGUCCUGAGAUUUCAGCUUCUUUUCCAUCCAAAAUCACAUUUCAUUGGAUGACAAGCUACAUAUGGCAAGGCUACAGAAAAUCACUGAGUCCAGAAGAUAUAUGGGAGCUUCCAGAGUAUUAUAAAUCACAGAAUAUUGUACCAGAAUUUGAAAAGGAAUGGGGGAAGGAAGUUGCAAAAGCCACAGAAAAGAACAGAAAUCUUAGUCCAACUUUUGCUAACCAUGUUGAUGAGGGUACACAUCUACUGUCGGACAGCUCAGAGAGCUUGUCUUCCAUGAAAGGAAAACAUCAACCAUCUCUCUUCAAAGUGCUGAUGAAGACAUUUGCACCUGAGCUUUUGAUAGCUCAUUCAAUGAGACUAGUAGCAGAUGCAAUACAGUUUUUCUUACCUAUUCUCACAAACCUGUUGAUCAACUUUGUGGAAACCAGAAAUGAACACAGACCUUGGCAUGGGUAUGCACUUGCAGCUUGCUUCUUUGUAGUCACUUUUGUGUACUCAGUGCUGUUCAAUCAGAAUUCAUUCAGAGGUUCAAGUAUAGGAAUGAAAAUAAAAACAGCACUGGUUGCUGCAGUAUACAAGAAGUCUCUGACGAUGAACCCGCAAACAAAAAGGGUGUUCACUAUGGGAAACAUUGUCAACCUUAUGGCCAUUGAUUGUCAAGUUUUACAGGAUGUGACCUCUAACCUCUACAUUGUGAUAUCAGCACCAUUUCAGAUUUGUGUAGCAUUCUACUUUCUGAAUGAUACCUUGGGUGUUUCCUUUGUGGCGGGUGUCGCAGUGAUUGUUGCGUUGAUACCCUUGAAUGCCAGAAUAUCUGUGCUGGCCAAACGGGCGCAGGCUGAACAAUUAAGGGUCAAGGACGAGAGGCUGAAGAUUAUGAAUGAGAUACUUAGUGGAAUCAAGGUGCUCAAACUGUAUGCAUGGGAGGAAUCAUUUGAAGACCGUAUUCUCGAACUUCGAGGGAGAGAACUGAAGCUGAUGAGAUCAGCAGCCAUCUUGAAUAUCAUUAAUGUAUUCAGUUGGCUAUGUUCACCUGUACUGGUGACAACCACAACAUUUAUAACGUACAUUUUUGUGUCACAUCAUGGAAGUCUGGACUCCAAAACAGCUUUUGUCUCCCUGAUCCUGUUCAACAUCCUGUCCAUCCCCAUGAACCGACUUCCCAACCUCAUCACGGACCUUGUCUCGGCACAUGUAUCCAUUGGGAGGUUAAACAAAUUCUUAUCAGGAGAAGAUCUGGACCCUAACAAUGUCAUUAGGGAGAAAAGACCAGAAAAGACGAAUGCUAUAUCAAUAACUAGUGGCACCUUUCUUUGGGAUCGUUCCAUGCCACCUACGCUUAAAAA